AUGGGCCUCUUCUGGGGGCCGCCUCAUGGGCGACAUCCAAAAUACCACCCUGGGUUCUUUUUUGUGUGCAACUAUUUCAUCCGCGGUAUUGACCCCGGCCCGCAGUUUGAGAAGAUCUUUGUCGUCGGCCUCCCUUCGCGGACAGACCGUCGCGAUGGCAUGGUUUUGCAGGCCGCCCUCAGCAACAUGGACAUUGAGUUCAUCGAUGGCGUAGCUGGCGCCGACGUGCCCGACAAGGCCAUCCCCAUGAACAAAGGCCAAAAACGCCUCAGGGAUGCCUCCAUCGGCUCAUGGCGCGCUCACAUGAACGCUAUCCGAGAAGUCGUCCACCGCAACCUCUCCUCCGCCCUCAUUCUCGAAGACGACGUCGACUGGGACGUGCGCGUCCGCUCCCAACUCGCGGACUUCGCCCUGGCCGCUCACGCGCUCACCCAACCCGUCCUUGGCAGCCCUCCCUCCUCCCCCACCUACAUGGACCCGACCUACCCGCACCCGGUGCCCGACUCCUCCCCGGACUCCCUCCCAGACUUCCCCUUCUCCGCCCUCCCGCCCACCACGCCGCCCUCCCAUUCCCCCUACGGCGACAGCUGGGACGUUCUCUGGAUCGGGCACUGCGGCAUGCACUUCCCUUUCGCGCGGCACCCCCACGUGCCCAAGUCGCGCAUCAUCCGCGCCGACGACGCCACCGUGGCGCCCCCCAAAAAUCUCUGGACUUUCAACAUCCCCUUCACCCUGAAGCGGGACUACCCGCCGCACACGCGCGCCUACCACCACGUCCAGGAGGGCGUGUGCACGCUGGGCUACGCGGUCAGCCGGCGGGGCGCGCAGAAGUUGCUGUAUGAGGUGGGACUGAAGGGGGUGGAUGCGGCGUUUGAUUUGCUGUUGCGGUAUUAUUGUGAGGGGGAGAAGGGGCGCGCGCCGGGCAGGCAGUGCUUGACGACGCAGCCGGGGCUGUUUCAGCAUCAUCGGCCGGCGGGGCCGGCGAGUGCGAUGAGUGAUAUUGGGGAUCAUGGGGAUGGGUGGAAGGAGAGUAGCAUGACGGAUAUGGUGAGGUGGAGUGUAAGGUUGAAUGCGGAGGUGUUGUUGGAGGGGGGGACGGAGUUUAGGGACCAGUUUCCGGGUGAGGAGGGAGGUGAGGUGUAG